UCACCGGCCCUCGGGAGAUGAGAGCCGGCCUGCGGGUCCGAGUGGGAAGUCCGCUCUCACAAACACCGAUCUGGGCCGGAGGAAGCAGGGAAGAGCUGGGGGCGUUUUGAAGGAGCCAAGCUUGAGAAAUGGGAUGCGGGGCCGAGGGAACCGGAUUUUCUGCCGUUUCUUGGCAAAAAUGGCAACCAAUGAUGCUGUUUUGAAGAGACUGGAACAGAAAGGUGCAGAGGCAGAUCAAAUUAUUGAAUAUCUUAAACAGCAAGUUGCUCUUCUUAAGGAAAAAGCAAUUUUGCAGUCAACUUUGAGAGAAGAGAAGAAACUUAGAGUUGAAAAUGCUAAAUUGAAGAAAGAAAUUGAAGAAUUGAAGCAAGAGCUAAUUCAAGCAGAAAUUAAAAAUGGAGUGAAACAAAUACCAUUUCCAUCUGGUACUCCACUGCAAGCUAAUUCCAUGGUUUCUGAAAGUGUAAUCCAAUUUAUGCCAAUCACACCCAUAUCUUCUGGUGCCAAAGAACAAGUAAAAGGAGGAGAAGGAGAAGAAAAGAAGGUGAAAGAGAAACUUGAAAAGAAAGGAGAGAAAAAGGAAAAGAAACAACAAUCAGUAGCAGGAAGUGCUGACUCUAAACCAAUAGAUGUUUCCCGUCUGGAUCUUCGAAUUGGUUGUAUCAUCACUGCUAAAAAACAUCCUGAUGCAGAUUCUUUGUAUGUAGAAGAAGUAGAUGUUGGAGAAGCAGUCCCAAGAACAGUUGUCAGUGGCCUGGUGAAUCAUGUUCCUCUUGACCAGAUGCAAAAUCGGAUGGUGAUUUUACUUUGUAAUCUAAAACCUGCAAAGAUGAGGGGAAUACUAUCUCAAGCAAUGGUGAUGUGUGCUAGUUCACCAGAGAAAGUUGAAAUCUUGGCACCUCCUAUUGGGUCUGUUCCUGGAGACAGAAUUACUUUUGAUGCUUUUCCUGGAGAGCCUGACAAAGAGCUGAAUCCUAAGAAGAAGAUUUGGGAGCAGAUCCAGCCUGACCUUUACACCAAUGAUGAGUGUGUGGCUACAUACAAAGGAGCUCCCUUUGAGGUGAAAGGGAAGGGAGUAUGUAGGGCUCAAACUAUGACCAACAGUGGAAUAAAGUAAAAUUACAUCAAAACACUUCAGUUACUGAAAUGCAUUGGAAAAAACUUGGAUGCCAAUAAAAAGAAAUACAUUUGUCACUUAUGCCUAAAAUAUAACUGGCUCAUUUUUGUGUUAUUUGUCUUCUAGAUUGGACUAGUCUGUUACCAAGUAUAUUUGUUUUCAAUUGAUUGGAGAAACACUAUAUUUUUACCUAUGAUUUUUGACCCUUUAUAAUGUAGGGAGGAAGUGCCCUAUGUUUUUUGAUGAUUUAUUUUUUAGCAAGGAUAUUGAUGUUACUAGAUUAGCAUUUAGUUUCUUAUUUAUAGGCACAUGAUACAUGAAAUUUCAAGUCCUUGAAGUUUUAGUAUAUUGUGUAUCUGCUAUAAAUGUCCUCUCCUCUUAAAAAAUGACAAGUUAAAAGUUGUGUCAGGUUUAUCAACUAAUCAUAUUAUAAUAAUACUGAAAAUGAACAAGUGUUGAUUCUUGAGAGCCAAACAUCAUAAAAGCUAGGAGACAUGGCAUUUGAACAUUAUUGCUCUUUCUUGCCAAAGUAACCCAGACUUGUAUAUUUAAGGCAUUUUUUUUUUAAUUUUAGACUGAAAUUUCCAACUGUGUGUUGAACUUUUCAUUGAGCAAAGUAAGGAGUAAUAGUUUUGACUAUGAAGCAUAAACACAUUGCGAAGUGUUGCCAGUAUAGUUUCCAAUAAUUGACCAUAAAAGCAGCAGCCUAUUUUUUUACUCUAGCUGACCUAAAGAUUCCUUGGGUAUCUAAUAAAACAUUAUUUGUAGCUCUUUAUCUUUAGAAGAGCAUUUAAGAUUGAUAAAGUUUGCUUUUUCAUGAACCAUCACUGUCCACAUAUUAAAAGAAAUGGCAGCCAAAAACAUAAUAUACAUUAACUUAUCAGUUGCCUAUUUUCACUCACCUUCUAGAUGAGCAUAUGUUGAUAACUAAACACAAAUGCGUUUUUAAAGUUAUUUUGUACUCAAGAUCUAUUAUUUUUGGAAUAAAGAAUGUGACAAAG